UCUUGGAUGGCAAGGUGGCCAGUCAGGUGCUGACGCGGCGGAGACGAGCUAACAGCUUUUUUGAGGAGGUUAAACAAGGCAACAUGGAGAGGGAGUGUGUGGAGGAGCGCUGCAGCUGGGAGGAGGCGCGAGAGAUCUUCGAAAACGCUGAGAAAACUAAUGAAUUCUGGGCCAAAUAUGUCGAUGGCGACGCCUGUGAGUCGAUGCCCUGUGCAAACAAAGGACUUUGCAAAGACGGAAUAGGAAGCUACGACUGCUACUGCCAGGCCGGGUAUCAGGGCUUCAACUGUGAAAUCGUUAUUCCAGAGCUCUGUGAGAACAAAAAUGGCGGUUGCGAACACUUCUGCAAUGUGGUCCGAGGAAGCGUUCAGUGCUCCUGCACGGACGGAUAUUUCCUGGCAUCAGAUGACAAAUCCUGCAACUCCAACAAGACCUUCAAAUGUGGCGCCAUCAUUACCGAAAACAUCCGGACUGUGUUCAGGUAUGAGAGGCAAAACACAACAAAGGGGAACGCCACCAUGUCGCCCCCCACAGGCACCAACAUUAACUCCACCGAGCAGAAGGACGUGCCGGACAAUGUUGAUUUCUCAGAGACUUCACGUUUUGAGAACAGCAACAACAGCUUUAUGUCUGGAAACGAGGUUUUCGAGAAAAUUAUCACCAAGCAAAUGGCAGCUAUGACCCGCAUUGUUGGCGGAGAGGACUGUCCUCCAGGAGAAUGCCCAUGGCAGGCUCUCCUGCUGAACGAGGAGGACAGAGGGUUCUGCGGAGGAACCAUCCUCAACGAAUACAUCAUCCUGACCGCCGCCCACUGCAUGAACCAAUCACGAUACAUCUACAUCAAGCUCGGUGAGUUUGAUGUGUUGGUGGAUCAUGGCAAUGAAGUUACCCACCAUGUGGAAACUAUCAUCACCCACAAUAAAUACAAGCCAGACACCUACCACAAUGACAUCGCACUCAUCAAACUAGCCACGCCCAUCAAGUUCACCAGGUUCAUCCUGCCGGCCUGCAUACCUGAGCAAGAUUUUGCUGAAAAGGUCCUGAUGCGACAGCCGGAUGGCAUGGUCAGCGGUUUCGGUCGUCUCGGCGAGGGUCGGCAGCCGUCCACGAUCUUGCAGCGCCUCACCGUCCCCUACGUGGAUCGAUUAACCUGCUUAGAAUCCACCCAACUGCGAAUCUCCGCCCGCAUGUUCUGCGCCGGCUACGACCAAACAGCCAAGGAUGCCUGCCAAGGUGACAGCGGCGGGCCGCACGUCACACGGUACCGCAACACCUAUUUUGUCACCGGCAUUGUGAGCUGGGGCGAAGGCUGUGCACGCAAAGGCAAAUACGGCGUCUACACCCAGGUAUCCAAGUACAUCCGCUGGAUCCGUGAAGGCAUUGAAAGGCUGAUGCCCAAAGAGAAGAGCGGCAACAGAGUGAAGAGGCACCACGGCGCCAUCAAGAGGCUGGUUCUGUAACGCUGCGGAUUUCACUCUUGAUUUCCACUGAGCAGAGCUCGGCCACACUCUGUGCCUCUCAUGUAAUCCUCUAUUUUAUGUUUGAAACUUCUAAACAGGCACAUUUAAGCCACAGAAACUUAUAAUUUGAGAAAAUUUAUUUUUAUUUUAUAGGACAAAACAGAAAUUCUUAAAGAUGCAUUGAUUCAUAUUUUGGUCACUUGGUGGCAACAGAACAAUCUGUA